AUGAAAUCGGGUACGGUUUCCAAAAGUGAUGCAUUCUCAACCAAUGAUUCAACUAUGGUCUGUGGUGUAGUAGGAGCAGAGGACAAUACUAAAUGGGUUCGCGUAUGGGAAGAUAACUUCAAUUGGAACGGUAGAGUCGAUCCUCGUAAAUGGGACUUUGAUGUCGGUGGAAAUGGCUGGGGUAAAUAUAUUUUUUUUGUUCAAUUUGUAUCUUUUGUAUCAUGUAUAUACGUCACUAAUUUAGGCAACAAUGAGCAACAAUAUUACACAAAUAAUCGAUUGAAAAAUGCACGUUGUGAACGAUUUCCAGGCAGUACUAAUGGUCGUCUCAUUGUUGAGGCACGUCGGGAAAACAUGGCAAAUUAUCAGUUUACUUCGGCUCGUCUCAAGAGCAAGCGUAAAUGGAGAUAUGGCCGUUUGCAAAUUCGUGCCAAAUUACCUGAUGGUCGUGGUCUAUGGUCAGCUCUUUGGAUGUUGCCGAAAAAGCAAACAUAUGGUAAUACCUAUUGGCCAGAUAAUGGUGAAAUCGAUUUGAUGGAACAAGUUGGUUAUGAUCCAUUAAGUAUUCACUCAACUGUACACACACAAGCAUAUAAUCAUAUAAAAGGCAAUCAACCAACUAAUGCCAUAACUGUCAAUGAUGCUGUUUCAAAUUUUAAAAUUUAUACACUUGAUUGGAAUGUGAAUAAAAUUGAAAUGUUCGUUGGAGAUGAUAAAAAUCCAUUCGCUAAUCGUAUCUUAGUUUGGAAUAAACAAGGCAAUUGGACACAAUGGCCAUUUGAUAAACAAUUCUUUCUUAUUAUCAAUAUUGCUGUGGGUGGUACUUGGGGUGGUGCACAAGGUAUCGAUUGCAAUAUUUUUCCUCGUCGAAUGGAAGUCGAUUGGGUGCGUGUUUAUCAGCGAUGCUAA